CGAGGGGACUGCCUCGAGGUCUCUGAACUUUUCCACGAAAGAAACAAAGACUGAGCAAAAAGACUGCUCCCUGCAGUCUUCUCAGUCUGACAAAGCCAAAACCAGGAGGGAAAAGCCAAGAUGGAAGAAGAGUCCAGAGCCUCGCACACUUUUCUUCCAGCAUCCCCUCGCGCACUCCAUCCAAAUUCUUCAACGCCCGUGUCGUCAUCACAAGCUCUCGAACUUCCCCACACACAAAAGCAUUUGGAUUUCCAUCAGUGCCCUUUGAAAUCCAGCAGCAGCAAAAUUAGUUGCUUUUGAGUUCCUCGUCUCUGACUGAUAUUCUGCAAUUCCCUGCUGAGUUCUGAGCACGAACCCACACCCACUUCGAAGUACAAAAAAACAUCCUCGGUCCUAAUCCAUCACCAACUCUCACGAUGAAUUAUGCAGGUAAUCUGGUUUUGGGCACUGCCAUGCUGGUUUCGAGCGUUGUCCUCCUGCUCCCUUUGUCUAGAAAGAGAGUGCCUCCUCCCGCGCACGACAUUUUGCAGCGUAAUCAAGUGGAAGCACCUCGCUCUUGCUUGCUAUCUUCAGACGGGAGGAAAGGGGAGAGAAAGAAGAAGAGGGUGAAAUUCGCCGACGAUGUGAAGGAAGAUUGCUCGGUCAUACCAAGCACGGAGGAGUCAAAGAAGCUUGAGAGGAGCUGCAAAACUGAAGAGCUAGAGAUGGUGGGGAUGCAGAGUAAUGGAGUUGCUUCAAGGAUUGAGUGUUCGUGUUGAUCCAUCCCAUGUCAAUCUUUAUGUACGUAAGGAAGAAUAAGAAUCCUUUCCAUGCUUGUCAAGAAGGAUUUUGUAAGUGGAAAAAUCAAAAUCUCUUAGCGAGCUUGAGAAAUUCUGCAGAUAUCAGAUUUAACAUUUACCUGCUUGGCAACAUUGAGAAACCUUUCAGAAUCCUCCAAAUCAAUCCUCUUAUGUUGCA